AUAUUUUUAGUUGCCACGGUGAGGCCAAGCACUUUACCGUGACCGUUUUAGAUGGCUCGAUACGGCAUUUAAAAUUAAUAAAUGGCUCGACAAAACAAAACUUGUACGGAGUGAUAGUAUUCUAGGUUUGUCUAUAUGUGGACGCACGUGAAUAUAAGAAACUGUCAAAGGUGUUCGCUUAUCAACUGAAAACUCUUAUCACUGUGUAAGUUAGACUGGCCUAGCGCUCACUAAGUUUAACUAAGUAUGUAAAUGUUUAAAACUGAGGUAUGGAUAUGUGCAGUGUGUGAACAUUUUUGCAGGUAUUCAAUAGCACAGAAAUUAGUAUAUAUUUUAUACGAAACUGGAUAUACAUGAUACUUGGAUAUUAUUUCUGAAAACCUGGAUAACAGAAAGUAAUGAGAGAGCCACAAGAUGACGUUCGUGAAUAUAUUCAAGGAUUUUUACUCAGAUUCUGACUCAUACGACAAUCAUUAUGAUAAUGAUAAAAAUUACACGAAUGCUCUCAUUGAUCAAAGUGAUAAAUGCAACCCUCUAAACAAUACAGCACAGAAAAAAACCGUACACAGCGACUGGAACGAGGCUGUCAGUGCCUGGACGAAUACAGUGCCGUUUCCACGAUAUGUUCCAACGUCAGCAGUUACCAACGUCAUCAAACGUCAGAGCCGUGAUAUCAACAAAAUUGAGGAGGCUGAGGGUAAUGUCUCCAUCAAAUGUGUCGGUGAGGAUUUUGACACAUUCCCCGUUCCAAGCUGGAAAGCAAAUGUAGAGCAAGGGACGUAUCGUUACGUCACGAAUAACGCGUAUUACAGGACCGUCAAAAUAUUAGAAUAUCGUGACAAACGUGAUUGGUACACAAUUCAUAAGAAAUACCCGGAACUAGUUUCUAUGAACUGGCAAAAUAAACGAUUCAACAAAGAAUUGAAGCGAAGCUUGAGAAGAGACUUGGAAGUAAAAUUUCACAAUCACAACCGCCGACAACAGUCGAUUAUGUCGGAAGCAGUAGUGGAGUCUGCAAGUAAUAAAACACCAGUGGACAAGUCAAUCGAACAGGUCGUAGAGAGUAACCGUGUUCCUAGCGUGCAGUUAGAGGCUCCAAAAUCUAAACGGGAGUGUGUGACUAACUAUAAGUAUGAAGCACACCAGAAACCAAAGCCAGAUACAUUAAAAAAAUCUUCUAGUGACUUGAAUAUAGACAAAAUAUCUACGAGAAUUAAUGUUCUAAAUGAAGAACUGAGACGCGAUUCUAGGCUACGUAAAUCACAGGAAGCUGCAGACUUAUCAAAACUUUUGCUUCAAAAUAAAAACAAAGAUCUGACGUCGAAGAAUUCACAAAAUAAAAAGGAUGGACAAAAUACGGAUGAAGUAAUGACUGUGAGAUCCAUUGCCCAAAGGGGGGAAUUGAAGCCAGUGGAGAGAGUGACUCCUGCCCAGAGAAUACUCGCCACAGAGUCCAAAAAACCGAAAAAUAAUCAUAUACGGUACACAAAGUCAACCGGAAAUGACGCAGCAACAAUAAGUGUUCCUUCUAUACCUGACAAUUUUCACAUUGCUAGUCCAGAGCUUGAAAAAGCUCUAAAUUCUUACAAACUGGCAAUAGAGACAACCAAGCAAUCUUUGUUUAAUACUCUUACUGGUAACAAAAGCCAGCGACGGACGACAGGGGGGUCUACCAAGGUUACGCACUCAGCCCCUCCCUCUGUGUGUGAGACUUCGUCACAAGGAAUGUCUCGGCCAGAACCGCCCACUCCGGACAGUGUCCACUGUAUAUCCAGUCUUAGUGGCAAGGAUAAAUCCGCGGUCAAAAAGAACUCAUUUUCUGGACUUCUUCCCGAAAUUGCUGGCAAACGUUUAGAAGUUGGAACCACUGUCAAUAGGUGGUUGUAGGGGAGACAGAGAAUUCAAUUUUUUUCACAAAGAAAUAAAUGCCUUGUUUAUUUGUAUUGUGGGGAUAUAAUAUGAAAUGAAGUAUGGGUGAUUUUCUUAAUCGGCUUUGCGGAUUAUACAGAAAUAUUGCCUUGUACAUCCUUUGUUUUUAUAUCCCUCAUAAUACAAAAUGAGCAUUUAUUUUAAAUUCAUAUUUUUAUUUUGUGAUUCAACGUGUAUUCUAUAAGUGUUGGCCUUUUUAUGCCAAGUUGAGAGGUGAAUUUCGUGUUACAGAUAGUGCACUUUAAUGCAAUGCGACAGCAAAGGGUUAUUACUGUCAAACUUUGAUAAAUAUAAAUAUUUAGAAAUGUUA